CUCCCGCGUGAGUUCGCUACGCAGCGGUGUGGAGAGUGAGCCGCAGGCCUGGACCUCAGGGAACCGAGCCCACGCAGGUUUUCGCUUAGCUUCUGAAAUCUGUUUAAAGCAGUGAUUCAUCAUGCUCAAGUAGAGGACCUAAAGUCUGGCGGGUAGGGGUGCUCAGUAGUCUCAAACAUUUCAGAGCUGGGGGGAGGAGCGGUGAGAAAUACUUUCUGUAGAUUCCCACCCCCCCCUCGCCCCACCCCUCCGCGUGCAGCUUUGGACCGCUUUAUACAUUCGCAGAAUACCCAGCAGUAAUACCUUACUUGCCGACAGCGCACAGGACCCUUUUAAUAGUAUUUCUCAAGUAUUUGUUUACAGAGGAAGAAGCGAGGAAAAACUGAAGCGGUCCAAGCCGUGCUGCUGUAUCAGUGUAUAUUGUAGUUUAAAAACGAUCCAGAAAUUGUCACUAAAAGACCGUUUUUUAGUUUGUUGAUUUUUUUUUUUUUUGAGUCCGAUGUUUUUUAUCUUCAUUUUACUGGACAGAAGGGCCAAAAUACUGGCUGCCUGGUUCAGGACCGGACAUCUAGCCAGCCUACAGACUUGGAGCUUCAGAGUCAUGACUACAAAGGAGUCAGGAGGUGCCAAAGCAGAGUCGGCUCUCUCUUCAUCAGCCAAUGCGAGCAAGCGUGUGUCUGAAAAACCAAACUAUGCUCUGAAAUUUACUCUGGUGGGACAUACGGAAGCAGUAUCAUCAGUUAAGUUUAGUCCUAAUGGAGAAUGGCUGGCAAGUUCUUCUGCUGAUAAAGUAAUUAUAAUUUGGGGCGCCUAUGAUGGAAAACAUGAGAAAACACUUAAAGGACACAAUUUGGAAAUAUCAGAUGUUGCCUGGUCAUCAGAUUCCGGUCGUCUUGUUUCUGCCUCAGAUGAUAAAACUCUAAAGAUUUGGGAUGUGAGAUCUGGAAAAUGUUUGAAAACGCUUACAGGGCACAGUGAUUAUGUUUUUUGCUGUAAUUUCAAUCCACCAUCUAACCUCAUCAUUUCAGGAUCUUUUGAUGAGAGCAUGAAAAUAUGGGAGGUGAAAACAGGAAAGUGCCUUAAGACUUUGUCUGCUCAUUCCGACCCAGUUUCUGCUGUUCACUUUAAUUGUAGCGGGUCCUUGAUAGUGUCAGGUAGCUAUGAUGGUGUCUGUCGAAUCUGGGAUGCUGCAUCAGGUCAGUGUUUAAAAACACUUGUUGAUGAUGAUAACCCUCCUGUCUCUUUUGUAAAAUUUUCUCCAAAUGGUAAAUAUAUUCUCAUUGCAACUUUGGACAAUACUCUUAAACUAUGGGAUUACAGCAGAGGCAGAUGCCUGAAGACAUAUACUGGUCACAGGAACGAGAAAUACUGCAUAUUUGCCAGUUUCUCAGUUACUGGUGGAAAGUGGAUUGUGUCUGGUUCAGAGGAUAACCUGGUUUACAUUUGGAACCUUCAGACUAAAGAGAUUGUACAGAAAUUACAAGGCCAUACAGAUGUCGUAAUCUCAGCAGCUUGUCAUCCUACAGAAAACAUCAUUGCAUCAGCAGCAUUAGGAAAUGACAAAACAGUUAAAUUAUGGAUGAGUAAUUAAACCCUUUAGAAAUCAAGUAGUAGAGUCAAAUCGGCCAAAAAAAAAAAAAAAA